GUUCCCUCGCGCAAUGCCGCCGGGUUAACGCCGGAAGUUCCUCCUUAAUAACGCAAAGUUCUGGCGUAAAAUAAUGCAAGACUCGAUCCAGAGUGUGUCCACCGGCCAAGACUUUUCGGACGCGUCUAGUUCAAGUUUGGUUUUGAAGGAUUCCGAAACAAGCUACGAGAUCCCACAGCAUGAGCUUCGGGGCGCAGCGAGAGACCAGGGCAAGGGGCUCGUCGUUUGAUCUCAAAAGCAUAAGUACCUACCACCUACUCGGAUCAUCUAACGUUUUUCUCGUCUCCAGAACUGCGCAUCUAGACCUUUCCCAACCAGGAUACCUCUCUUAAGUCUCGACUCUACUCACACGCUGAGUCUAUCAUCAUGAAGCGUGCCACAUCCCUUCUUGCUGCGAGCUUGUCCAUCCCGGGCAGUUUGGCCCAGGUCGACGUCCCGCCAAACUUCGUGCCGGGAGUAAAAUGGCAAAUUGUCAUCCAAAACACCAUCGACCCCAAUGCCACUCUCCAACCAACCGAUGCCGUCGUCUGGGAUCUUGACCUUUAUCACGUCGUCCGCACGCCAGAGGUUGUUACGACCCUUCGGAACAACGACCCCAAUGCCAUCCUGAUUUGCUACUUCAAUGCCGGCCUUGCCCAGACCAGUGACUGCGACUACGACAGCAGGUGGCUAGACAGCGGCCUCCUGGGCAACAUCUACGACCCAGAGGAGCCCCAGUUCAGCGAUGAGCGCUGGGUCAACAUCAAGAACCAGACCGCCCGGGACUGGAUGAAGGACCGCAUCACACUCGCCCGCGACUAUGGCUGCGACGGCGUCGACCCGGACAACAUCGACGGCUUCCUCAACGACGAGGACGACGACAACGGCACCGGCUGGGACCUGUCCCAGGCCGACUACGUCUCCUUUGUCACCGAGCUUGCCACGCACGCCCACAGCCUGACGACCCUGCAAAACCACACCCUGCUCAUCGGACAGAAGAACGCGCCCGAGCUCGUCGAGCAACUCAGCGAUGCCCUCGACUUUGCUGUGCUCGAGGACUGUAAGGGACUCAACGACGAGGAGGACUUUACGUUCUGCGAGGAUUUCCAGGCCUACAUCACCGCCGGCAAGCCGGUCCUGAGCAUCGAAUACCCCUCCACGCUCGGGGACACGGAAACGGGCGCCUGCAACCCCGACGGCACCAGCGACGAGCAGUACGCUGCCUCGUGCGCGACUGACCAGGGGAACUCGGACUUCAGCACCGUGUUGAAGAUCCAGGGCGGCGACGGCGAACUGAAUGGCUGCACCCAGUACUGCAGCGGGGGCGAGCCCGGGACGGAGGUGGUGGUUACGGCAACGGACCCCGAGUUGGACGGGGAAACCUGCCCGUCGAAUUCCACCGGUACCAGUUGAAGCCAGGCCGGGGGUUUGCUUGAUCCCAAGUCGUCCAAGUUGGCCUUGCUGACGUGGGUGGGUGUCAUUAUCACGCCGUUGCUAUUCGAUCUCUUGUAAUCGCUCGUCUAUUCUAGCAAAACCUCUAAACUAAAUAUCAAUAACUCCUGCAGUAAUAACUCAGGUUUGCGCUGUUAGCGCUCAAAGACG